AUGAUAAUUCCAGUUCGUUGUUUCACUUGCGGUAAAGUAAUUGGUAAUAAAUGGGAAGCGUACUUGGGCCUUCUGCAGGCUGAAUAUACUGAAGGUGAUGCACUCGAUGCCCUUGGUCUAAAGCGGUACUGUUGCAGAAGAAUGCUUCUCGGACACGUAGAUUUAAUUGAGAAACUUCUUAAUUACGCGCCAUUAGAGAAGUAA